AUGGAAGGAGUAAGGAGACGAUGGCCGAGUGGCAGAGGAAUCAGGUUGAGCCCGAAGACUAAGAGAUUGCGUGCGAGAGUGAGAGGUUUCUUCAGACUACUGAGGAGCUGGUGCUGGAGGAGGCGGCCGAUGGUCAGAGAAGACCGUCUUUACUACACAUCUCUACGACGCUCCAACUCUUUCUACGCCGAUGCAAUUGCUGACUGCAUCGACUUCAUCAACCGCUCCUCCACUUGA